AUGACGGCAUCCACCUCUACACCAUCAACCGAACAUAAGGACUUCCUAUCAAGAGAGGUGACUUUUACCAAAGUACUCAAAGCACUUGAACCAAACCACAAAACCCACAUGAUAGCCUUAUGUGGGAUGGGUGGAGUAGGGAAGACCACCAUGACGAAAAGGCUCAAAAUGGUUGUGCAGGAAAGGAAAAUCUUUAUAUUCAUUGUUGAGGCAGUUAUAGGGGAAAGGACGGACCCUAUUGCCAUUCAGGAAGCUAUAGCCGAUUACCUCAGUGUAGAGCUCAAUCAGAAAACUAAGUCAGCAAGAGCUGAGAAGCUUCGUCAAGAGUUCAAGGCCAAGUCAGAUGGUGGUAAGAAUAAGUUCUUUGUAAUACUCGAUGAUGUCUGGCAAUUCGUUGAUCUUGAAGAUAUUGGUUUAAGUCUUUUUCCAAAUCAAGGUGUUGAUUUCAAGGUCUUACUGACAUCACGAGACACAAAUGUUUGCACUAUGAUGGGGGUUGACGAUAAUUCGAUUCAUAACAUCGGGCUUCUAACUGGAGCAGAAGCACAAAGUUUGUUCCACCAAUUUGUAGAGACUUCUGAUCCCGAGCUCCAUAAGAUAGGAAAAGAUAUCGUCAGAAAAAUGUAA